AUGCCUUUGUGGACGUGUGAUUUCGAGAGCUGCAGCAGACCAGCUGUCCGCACUCUCGGCGAUUGCGUACUCUGCAACCGCCAUCUAUGCUCCAAGCAUCUUCAAAAUGAGUUCCACAGCUGUCCCCGGUGGGAGGAUGCGGACUCCUACGACCCUGUGGCCCGGGAGGCUGAAGGGCGUGAGCUCACAAAACUAAUCGAGAUGAUUAAUACCCGCGCCCUUGAGGCUCGAGCCAGCCAUUUACGCCAAGGCGUGUCUUGCUCUGUCCCCCCACUUCAGUAUGAGAGAUCCACACGAAGUUCUGUGAUGGGAGGUAUGAACUAUCAUAUUGAAGUUCGUUUUGAUGAUGGGAUUACAUGGAUCGCUCGCAUCCGCAGAUUCAAUGCUACAUCGCCUCCAGCAGCACUGCGAGAUUACAUCAUCCAGAGUGAGGUUGCAACCCUUAUGUUUCUAGAGCAGACUACAGUUCCCGCUCCAAAAGUUUACGAUUUUGCACUUGAGCACCCAGGCAAUCCUGUGGGAGUUGGCUUUAUUCUGAUGGAGAAGUUGGCGGGCAAGUCUUUGAGAUGGUCUAUUGCAACUCAGCAACAAAGGAAGAAAGUUAUGAACCAACUCGCAGAUACGUUUUUGGAGCUUCACAAAUACCCUUUUAACCUUCUCGGCUCCCUCGAUAAGCCUGGCGGAUCCCAGGUCGGCGCAUUUGCUCGAGAAUCACUCACCGACUUUGGGCAAUCCGAAAUGCGCACCGCUGGGCCCUUCUCUUCUCUAGAAGAGUAUCACACGUCUUCAAUCCGGCUCAUUUUGGAUUUAAUUAUUCGAGAGGAGCUCUACUCCCAACGAGCAGUAGAUGCCUACUUAAUCCACCGGUAUCUCAUGGACUUGAUCCCGCGUGUGUUGGCUUCGGUGCAUAAUGACGAGAAAUUCUAUCUGAAGCACGCAGACGACAAGGGAGAUCAUAUUCUGGUAGAUGAGAAUUUCAACAUCACUGGCAUUAUCGAUUGGGAGUGGGCUCACACUGCGGCACCUGCACAUGCCUUCAACUCACCUAUCGGCUUCUUACCGGUUGCAGACUUCUACCGCGGUAAGAACAGCCUAGGCGACGACGAGGUUGUCUUUGCACGCCUGCUUGAGGAAAAGAGCCGCCAAGAUCUAGCCCAAUUUGUUUGGAAUGGUCGGUUGCAGCAUAGGUUCGCUUUCUGCUGCGGAUAUGAUCUCGCGGACUGGGACGGGUUCCUGGGCCUCUUUCGAGGGCUUCGAGACGCUGUAGGGGUAGAUAACGGCUUGGAAUGGGAUGAGUGGAAAAUUGCUGCAUUGAAACGUUACAAGGACGAUUCUGGGCUGCAGCUGCUGUUAACCAGGCAUCAAUCCUCAUUGAGUCAUGGGAUUUAG